AUGACCAAGGAAUACACGCUCGACGAAAUUCGCCGUCUUGCUGACACGGAUCCAGAGAAGCUUGCACAGGAGUACCAGGCUUCACGUGCUGCUACUGCUAAUCUUGUCGACCGUGCUCGCGCUGGUAUCGCUGCGCGUUCGGCCAACCCGCCUACCAACAAGUUUAACGCUUGGGCACAGGGUUAUGGCAAUCGUUUUAUCUACAAUGGCAGUAUGAAGCCUCUUGCGCAUAUGAUGCUUAUUAUUGGGGGGUGCUGGAUGUGCUGUCGAGUGGUGGUGCCACCACAGACACGCUUAUGGGGAGAAGAAGGAAGAGGAGCAUCAUUAGAUGUGUGGAAUUGCUCUAUAUCUUCAAGCUACUGUGACGAGGAAUGCUGGAUUCGUAAGAGAUGA